AUGGAUCGACUUCUCAGUAACGCACGUCUCAUGAUAGUCUCGGAUCUUGAUCAUACAAUGGUUGAUCAUCAUGACUCAGAGGAUAUCUCUUUGCUUAGAUUCAAUGCCUUAUGGGAAUCUAAAUACCGUCAUAAUUCUCUAUUAGUGUUCUCAACGGGGAGGUCCCCUACUCUCUACAAAGAGUUAAGGAAAGAGAAGCCAUUGCUAACCCCUGACAUCACUAUAAUGUCUGUUGGAACCGAAAUUACAUAUGGUAACUCAAUGGAACCGGACGACGGUUGGGUCGACUUUUUAAAUCAGAAAUGGGAUAGGAACAUAGUGUGUGAAGAGACAAAAAAUAUAACCGAACUUACUCUUCAGUCGCAAACCGAACAGCGGCCACAUAAGGUGAGUUUUUACGUGGAUAAAGACAAGGCCCACGACAUCAUGAAAGGUCUCUCUGAACGCUUGCAAGAACGUGGGUUGGAUGUGAAAAUAAUAUACAGUGGCGGGAUGGAUCUGGACAUCUUGCCACAAGGUGCAGGCAAAGGGCAAGCACUUGCUUAUCUGCAUAGAAAGUUCAAGGAAGCUGGUAAAUUACCUAUUAACACGCUCGUUUGUGGCGACUCGGGAAACGAUGCCGAACUAUUUAGCAUUCCCGACGUAUAUGGUGUAAUGGUCAGCAAUGCACAGGAAGAAUUAUUACAGUGGCAUGCUGAAAAUGCGAAAAAUAAUCCCAAAGUAAUUCACGCGACCGAGAGAUGUGCGGCUGGUAUUAUACAGGCCAUCGGUCGAUUUAACCUUGGACCGAGCACGUCCCCUAGAGAUGUCAUGGACUUAUCAGAUUCGAAGAUGGAAAAUUUCGACCCGGCUUAUGAAGUGGUUAAACUUUAUUUGUUUUUCGAGAGGUGGAGACGAGCUGAGGUUGAAAAUUCCGAGGUUUAUCUGGCCAAUCUGAAAUCCGUCUGCUCUCAAUCUGGCACGUUUGUUCACCCGUAUGGAACUGAGAAAUCGCUUCACGAAGCAGUAAACUCGCUUAGAACAUGCUAUGAGGACAAACGAGAGAAGCAGUUUCGGGUUUGGGUGGAUCAGGUUUUGCCCGCCAAGAUUGGUUCAGAUUCUUGGCUCGUGAGGUUCAAGAAGUGGGAGCAAUCUGGCGAUGAGCGGCAAUGUUGUCUGGCUACUGUCUUAUUAAGUUCAAAGGGUGUAAGUGUUGCAGAAGGGUUGACUUGGGUCCAUGUACAUCAGACAUGGUUGGAUGGGGCUGCACCAAACACCACCCACACAACAACAUGGCUGUUUUAG